AAUUAUAAUUCCCUUUUGUGAGAAUAUAUGUAUGUAUGUAUAUAUAUUUUUAAUUGAUUAUCUGGUGAAUUAGCAAAGUGACCGAGACACGGAUUCGAAAUCGCGUUUUCGUCACCGCGGAUUCGAACGCGUUUUCGUCACCGCGGAUUCGAACGCGUUUUCGUCACCGCGGAUUCGAACGCGUUUUUGUCACCGCGGAUUCGAACGCGUUUUCGUCACCGCGGAUUCGAACGCGUUUUUGUCACCGCGGAUUCGAACGCGUUUUUGUCACCGCGGAUUCGAACGCGUUCUUGUCAGUUCGUCACAGAGCCCAGCGACUCUGUUGAACCGCAUUCUAGUAUAAUAAUAAUAACAAUAAUAAUAAAUAAUAAUAAUAAUAAUAAUAAUAGCAUUGCAAAAAUAAAAUUUCUGCUGACAGUAAAUACAGCACACAAAUAACGCCUGUUUAUAAAGUCAACAGACGGGCUCCAUUCAAAUAAAUAUAAAACUCUGCUUCGCAGCGUCAACAGAAACUGAGUGUGUUGAUUAAUUCGGAUGGUGUUAAUGACUGUAUCAGCGCGGCACACCCUGGCCAUGCCCGGCCCCUCCCUGUGCUUGUGCGCCUGUCUGUUAGCGGCGCUGGCCCGCUCCGUUCCGGGCCUCUCCACCUGCCAGCCCGGGUUCGACCUGGACGAGUUCAAGUCCAAGCGGAUCGAGGCGGUUCGGGGCCAGAUCCUCUCCAAGCUCAGGAUCUCGCGGCCGCCCGAGGCCCCGGCCGGCCCGGGCCAGGCGCCGCUGGAGGUGAUGCUGCUGUACAACAGCACGCUGGAGCUGCUGCAGGAGCGGGCGCGCCAGGCCGAGGGCGCCUGCGAGCGCCAGGACAGCGAGGAGGAUUACUACGCCAAGGAGGUGCAGAAGAUCGACAUGCUGCCAGCGAGACUCGACAAUGCCAUCUCCACCGGCCUGGCGAGCCCGUAUUUCCGGGUGGUGAAUUUCGCCAUGUCCGGGAUGGACAGGAACUCCAGCACGCUGGUGAAAGCGGAAUUCCGAGUGUUUCGGGUCCCGCAUCCCAAAGCCCGGGUCGCGGAGCAGAGGGUGGAGCUCUACCAGAUCCUGAAGGCCCGUGACCCGGCCGCCCCCUCCCAGCGCUACAUCGACAGCAGGAACGUGCGCCCACGCAGCAAGGGGGAGUGGCUCUCCUUCGACGUCACAGACACGGUGAGAGAGUGGCUCUCUCACAAAGGCAGGAACCUGGGCUUGAAGAUCAGCGUACACUGCCCCUGCUGCACCUUCAUCCCCUCCAACAACAACAUCCUGCCCAACAGGAGCGAGGAACUGGAGUGCCACUUCGCAGGUAUUGACGAUGACCUCAUCAAGCAGUUUGAGAAGUCUGUGAAGGGGGGCCAGUCCGGUUCCAGCAGUAAGACCCCCCACCUGAUCCUCACCCUGCUCCCCACGUACAGGAUGGAAUCCUCGCAGAAGAAGAACCGCAGGAAACGCGCAGCCCGGGAGACGCCCGUGUGCUCCAGGACCGUGGAUCAGGGCUGCUGCCUGCGUUCUCUCUACAUUGAUUUCCGAAGAGACCUGAACUGGAAGUGGAUCCACGAGCCCAAAGGAUACAAAGCCAACUUCUGUGCAGGAACCUGCCCUUACCUGUGGAGCGCAGACACACAGUACAACACGGUGCUGCCCCUGUACAACAAGAUGAACCCCGAGGCGUCGGUCGCGCCCUGCUGUGUACCCCAGGAUCUGGAGGCGCUGACCAUCGUCUACUUCACGGGCAGGACCCCCAAAGUGGAACAGCUCUCCAACAUGGUCGUCAAAUCCUGCAAGUGCAGAUAGACACGGGGCGCCCCGAUAAACACACAGAGACACGGGGCGCCCCGAUAAACACACAGAGACACGGGGCGCCCCGAUAAACACAAAGAGUCUCUCUCCUCUACUCUGCUGGUUUAAGUCUAUAUUGUAUUUAAAUGAAUCUUCAGUUCAGUUGCUUGUUGGUUUUAUUAUU